AUGCCCCCCAAGCCCAAGGGCACAGCUAAGCCAACCAACAAUCCUCAAGAACCGCCGCCGCAGCAGCAAACGACCACCACCACCGCCGGCCGCCCGACCACCGUCGCCGAGCGCACCCAGCAGCGCUUCCACGCCAGCAACCCCCUCGCCGCACGCGUCCGGUCCGCCGGGCUGUCCUCGCUGACCGCGGCCGAGAAGCGCACGUUUGUGCACGCCCAGCUCGUCGCGCCCGUCGCCCAGCAGCGCGUCCCGCUCGGCAACAAGGCCGAGCGCGAGUUCUGGAAGGCCGUCAACAAGGAGGCCCUGCCGAUCCGCCGCGCCGACGAGGCCUACGUCUGGGGCCCCGACAAGGCCGGUCGCGACGUCGGCACGUACGCGCUCGCCGAGCACGCCGCCCGCACCGCGAAGCAGGCCCGCCUCACCGCCCUCCGGCUGCUCUCGCAGCGGUUCCGCACAAAGCGCGACUUGGCGGCGCAGCAGCAUAGUGCUGCCGAGCUGCUGACGACGAAAGACAUCGAGGAGGAAAAGACGAGGAGGAAUGAAAUGGCGGCGCUCAACAGAGAGCUGUAUGGCGAGAUUAUAGGGGCGCUCGCCGGCGACCCCGAAUGGGACGAUGUCGCGCCCAUUCUACAUGAAGAACCCGACAACGCGCUCGCCCGCAUCGCAUACCCCGACGACUACGCAGAAGCCGUCGCCUACCUCCGCGCCGUCAUGGCCGACAAGGAGUACUCGCCACGCACGCUGCGCCUCACCGCGCUCGUCAUCGCGCUCAACCCGGCGCACUACACGGUAUGGCUGUACCGCUUCCGCAUCGUGCAAGCCCUGCGGCUGUCCAUCCCCGACGAGAUCGCCUGGCUGAACGAGGUCGCCCUCGAGAACCUGAAAAACUACCAAAUCUGGCACCACCGGCAGCUGCUCCUCGAAGAGCUCCUGGCCACCACCACUGUCGCCACCGCCGCCCUCGGCCGCUCCGAAGCCGCGUUUGUCGCCACCAUGCUCGCCCAAGACUCCAAAAACUACCACGUCUGGUCGUACCGGCAGAACAUGGUGCGGCGGCUGGGGCUGUGGGCCGACGCCGAGGAGCUCGCCUCGACGGAGCGGCUGAUUGACGACGACGUGCGCAACAACUCGGCGUGGUCGCACCGCUUCUUCCUCGUCUUCCAGGACCCGGCCGCGUCGACGGCGGGGUGCGGGCCGGCGCAGCACGACCCGCUGGUGCCCGCGGCGGUGAUUGCGCGCGAGCUGGCGUACGUCAAGGACAAGAUGCACGCCGCGCCGCAGAACCAGGCGCCGUGGAACUACCUCCGCGCCGUGCUGGCCAAGGGCGGGCGCGCGCUGGCGAGCGAGCGCGCGCUGGCUGAGGGUCUCGUCGCGGGGCUGGGCACCGACGCCGAGCGCGUCCAGAGCUCCCACGCGCUCGACUACUUGGCCGACGUGUACGCCGAGACUGGGGAGACGGACAAGGCAAAGGUGUGCCUGCAGCGGCUGGGGGAGAAGUGGGAUCCGAUCCGGGAGGGAUACUGGAAGCACAGAGCCCAGCAACUAGUUUGA